CAAUGUCAGCUGACUUUCAUUUCGAUGACCAUGAAAAUGAUUGAAUGGCAGACAACAACAAGGAAUUAGAAUCUAAGGAAGAUAAUUCCAAGGUGUCUUGUCGCGUAAAGGGACAUCAAUCACGUCCUGAUUUACAAACCAUUAAUUUACCUCGGUCAACGGGAAGAAUAAACGAAUUAACUCACAUGGCAAGCACCAAUACUCUCCCAAAUGACAUUGACAAUACUGCUGGACAGACAACAGAAGGCCCUACACAAAAGAAGACUUUGAAGAGAGUGGCAUCAUUUUAUACUCCAUAUAUGGAGGAUCGCUUGAGAAGGAGGCUAAAAUUCCAUUUCAUGGGGCCUCAUGAAAAAUUCAAAGCUAAAAGGAAGUGCCCCUGGAAACUUGUUCUGCAGAUUUUUAAGGUUUUUCUUGUAACAGCUCAGCUGAUUAUGUUUGGGAAUGAGAGAGCCUUAUUUGUUGAAUAUGUGGAAUUGAACAAUAUUGCCAUGAAACACAUGUACCUACUUAAAUGGGAUCCCAGCUUUGAGACAAUGCCUUACCCCCCAGCCACAGGACGAUAUGCAAUCUACAGUGCAAACGACCUUAUAGAUCAUAUCAAUUUUGCUAUGAAACAGUUCAACCAUACAGAGGAACUGGCCCUUGGAUCACUUAGAUUUUCCAACAGAACAAAAUACCUGAACAUGUGUGUAGAGGAGUAUAGGGAGGGAAGGGUGUAUGACAAUGACACCUAUGUAUUUGAUCCCAAGGUUACCACAGGUAUUCCUUAUACCCUGUAUAAUAACAAUGACACCUAUGUAUUUGAUCCCAAGGUUACUACAG